UCGACCAUAUUUAUCGAAACUCUGAAAAAGUUGUCUCGUUUUGGAUAAUGGCGAGUCUACAAUCUGGAAUUUCAGAUAGGCAAGACGUGUUAUGGCAGAUUGAAAAUGAGGAAUUCAUACCGAAUAGUGAUUCCGAUGAUGACGACUUAGAUGCGUCUGAUGUUUCUGAGUAUGAAGAGUUAUCAGAGUCCAGUACUGACAACGAGGAAGACUCAGAAUGGACACCUAGCACAUCAGCCAGUAUUUCGUCGCCGCCAACUCGUAGGCGUAAAACUACUCCCGAACUCCAAAACUCUCCCACAACACCGUUGAGUAGUAAAGGUUAUCGUCCCACAACACCGACAAAUAGGAAAGGUUACCGCCCGUCAACUCCAAGAUCUCGGAAAACUUAUGAUUGGAACAAGUCAUUUGCCGGAAGGUCACUCCGUCCUUUCGAAGGUCAGCGGUCGGUGUCCAGUGGCCUAUUGAAUAGCAGUUCUAGUGCGCUAGACUGCUUUCUUCAAUUUUUCAAUAUAACUGUGAUAGAAUUCAUUGUCCAGAUGACUAAUCUCAAUGCUACUCGAAAAAUGGAUGAACAGUUAGCCAAGAACAAUAUCCUGGGGAAGUCCUGGAGAAACGUUGAUUCGGGGGAGAUGUAUGCUUUCAUUGGAAUGGUCAUCGCCAUGGGAAUCAUCCGUCUUCCAAGACUCGAUAUGUACUGGCAGAAAAAAAACUGGAUCUUAGACGUGUCAAGUUUCAAUAAAAUAAUGACAAGACAGCGAUUUCGAGACAUUUUGAGGUAUUUGCAUUUUUGCGACGAAGCUAUGGCGCCAGGAGCGGAAGACCCUAACAAAGACAAGUUAUACAAAGUUCGCGAACUGUUAACAAUCCUAUUGCCACUAUUUCAAACAUGCUACACACCAGGCAGAGAAAUCUCUAUCGAUGAAACCCUAAUUCCAUUCAAGGGCCGAAUUAAUUUUCGACAAUUUAUAAAAACCAAGAGAGCACGUUACGGAAUCAAGGUUUGGGUAUUAGCCGAAUCCUCAACUGGAUAUGUGUCGAGAUUGCAAUUUUACACUGGUAAGGAUCCAAUGUCAAAACCCGAAACCGGAUUAGCUUCACGUGUCGUAAGGUAUUUGAUGGAGCCGUACGAAGGUUUAUACCAUCACCUUUAUGUUGACAAUUUUUACACCAGUCCCGAACUCUUCGAAUACCUUCUAUCGAAAGGUGUAUACGCUUGUGGAACUUUCAGAAGCAAUCUCAUAAACUUUCCGAAAGAUAUAAUCGUAUCGAAAAUUGGUUCAGUUCCAAGGGGCACUAGCGACUGGAGAGUUUCGGGCCAAUUAUUAGCACAAUCCUGGGUGGACAAUACGGUGGUAUACUUUCUUUCUACGAUCCACAAACCCGAAUAUGAUGAAGAACACGAGGAUAAAAUGACCGUAAAAAGAAGAGCUGGCCGUGGAAGAGCAUUCGGAUGGGUAGAAAUACCGUGUCCUCCUUUACUUCGUGAUUAUAACGCCCACAUGGGGGGUGUAGACCUCUCAGAUCAAAUGCGAAAAUACUACAACUUGACGAGAAGAUCGAAGGUAUGGUACAGGCGAAUAUUUUCGUAUUUGAUCGAAGUUGCGGUUCACAACGCAAGAGUUGUAUGCGAAAACCUAUCAAGAAAGCGACGGAACGGGUGUGAAUUUAGGGAAGAGCUUAUCACGGCCCUUAUUGGUGGCUAUAGAGCCUCACAGCGAACGUCUCGAACAACGUCUGCCCAACCUCUUCCCAGACUCUGCAAUGUAGGGCGUCACUUUCCAUUACACACAGCAAUCAGGAUGGUUUGCCCUGUAUGUUCUAAAAAGAAAAAAAUGGCACAUGCUCCGCAAAUAAACUUCGCUUCGAGAAGCCGUGUAAAAUGUGACGAAUGCAAUGUACAUCUUUGUAUGAGUGAGGGCAAAACAUGCUUUCGCGAUUGGCACACCAAAGUUGAGUAUUGGAGGUAGAAUUUGAUGACAUAAUUUUUUUUCUCGGUAUGUUCCUCGUGUUUUUUUGUGAACAAAUUUUCGAUGUUGCGAUUGCUUUUUCAUGGUUUCUGUUUACUAUAUUUUGUGCAGUCUUCUUACCCACUGUUUUUAUAUCGCCUGUGAUCUGAUUUGGCUAUUAUUAAUGUCCAUUAAAUAUUCGUGAUUGAUAGCGGUACUA